UUGCUCGGAUCUUAUCCGGAAUAGAAGCGCCCACCGUAUGCUUGAGUCGGCUGGUUGUCACGGACAGUUUUCCAAGCAUAAAUUUGUUUGAAUUGGCAGCGAUAGAUGGAGGAAUAGGAGAGGAAUAAAGAGAGAAUAAGAGUAUCCCCCUAGAAAAAGCAGAGAGAGAAUACGAGCGCGCGCGGGGAGAAAGAUGGACGCCGGCGACAUGGACGAGGCGAUUAGGGCGCAAUUCCCACUCUCCUUUGGCAAGCCGUCCAAGGCCCAGCCCCAGCCUUCCGCCGUCCACUCAUUCACCCGGCGGACCUCCGCCGCCUCCGUAAACCCUAGCCCUAGCUUCCGUCCGGAGCUGGGGAAGCGCGGCACAGGAGAUGCUGCUGGUGGACCGCACGGCGGGGGAGAGGAGGAGGAAGAUGACGUGAUGAUUGGGCCUCCCCCGCCGCCUCCGGCGGCCGCUCAGGCGGAGCCUGACGCGGAUGAUGGGAUGAUGAUUGGGCCUCCGCGGCCGCCGCGGGCUUCGGAACAGGUGGAUUCGGAUGAUGAUGGUUCGGACUCUGGAAUGGAUGACUCGCCGGAGGAUUUGCCUCAGAUUCCUCUAAGUAAUGAGAUCGUGCUCAAAGGGCAUUCGAAGGUUGUUUCAGCUCUUGCUGUCGACCAUUCUGGAUCGAGAGUCCUUUCUGGUAGCUAUGAUUAUACUGUCCGUAUGUAUGACUUUCAAGGGAUGAAUUCCAAAUUGCAAUCUUUCAGACAGCUGGAACCAUUCGAGGGACACCAAGUCCGAAGUUUAAGUUGGAGUCCAACAUCAGACAGAUUUUUGUGCAUCACAGGUUCAGCACAGGCUAAGAUUUAUGACCGAGAUGGGCUUACUUUGGGCGAGUUCAUAAAGGGGGACAUGUAUAUACGUGACCUGAAAAAUACAAAGGGGCAUAUUUCUGGAUUGACUGGUGGAGAGUGGAACCCUAAAUCAAAGGAGACUAUCUUAACUUCCUCAGAAGAUGGUUCAUUGCGGAUAUGGGAUGUAGCUGACUUCAAAAGUCAAAAACAGGUUAUCAAGCCUAAACUAGCAAGGCCAGCAAGAAUUCCAGUUACAGCAUGUGUUUGGGAUCGCGAAGGCAAGCGCAUUGUUGGUGGCAUUGGGGAUGGUACCAUACAGUUAUGGAGCAUCAAACCUGGAUGGGGAAGCCGACCAGAUAUACAUGUGGAGAAAGCACAUGUUGAUGAUAUUACUGGACUAAAAUUUUCUACUGAUGGGCAGAUUCUUCUGUCAAGAAGUGCUGAUAGUACACUUAAGGUUUGGGACUUGCGGCAAAUGAAAAGUCCUGUUAAAGUCUUUGAAGACCUUCCAAAUCAUUAUGCUCAGACAAAUCCCGCAUUUAGUCCUGAUGAGCAACUAAUACUUACCGGAACCUCUGUUGAAAAAGAAGGCAGCAGCGGAGGUCUACUCUGCUUCUUUGACCGAAGGAAACUUGAGCUUGUAUCAAGGGUGGGGAUUUCUCCUAAAUAUAGUGUUAUAUGCUGCGCUUGGCACCCAAAGAUUAAUCAGGUCUUUGCAACAGUAGGUGACAAGAAAGAAGGAGGAACACACAUACUUUAUGAUCCAUCUAUCAGUAAGAGAGGAGCUCUUGUAUGUGUUGGACGAGCUCCAAGGAAAAAAUCUGUAGAUGAUUUUGAGGCACAACCAGUCAUUCACAACCCGCAUGCAUUGCCCUUAUUUAGAGACCAGCCUAGCCGUAAACGUCAACGUGAAAAAGCAUUGAAAGAUCCCAUGAAAUCACACAAGCCAGAACUUCCUGUCACAGGUCCAGGCUUUGGUGGAAGAGUUGGUACCACUAAAGGCAGCUUGUUAACGCAGUAUCUUAUGAAGCAAGGUGGUUUAAUCAAGGAGACUUGGAUGGAAGAAGAUCCAAGGGAGGCAAUACUUAAAUAUGCUGAUGUUGCAGCAAAAGACCCUAAGUACAUUGCACCUGCAUAUGCAGACUCUCAGCCAGAACCUGUUUUUGCAAAGUCUGAUUCUGAAGAAGAAGAGAAAUAACCAAGAUUGUAUCAUUUCCCAUGGAGUAAAUUGUUAAAUCUACUCAGCAAUCUCUCUCCUCAAAUGAACUUUAAUCAGUUGGGUGCUGAAGGUGCUAUUGCAUUUUAUAGCAGUACACUGAGUUGCUAAUGCUAGAAUUUGUAACUGUUAAGAAUGUGUGCUAUGGGUUCAGUAAAUGUGCACAGUUGCUAAGCUGUCAAAGAUCUCAUGCCAAGAUGCUAUUGUAAUCCAGAUAACAAUUUGCAAUGUCUAUUAAUGAUGCUUUGUUUAGGUGAGGAAACCUCUUAGUUCCAAAUGCAUCAUUAGGUGAAAGUCAGAUGAAGUUGGUAUUUUCGAAGAUGCUUGGUUCAUUUUAGAUUUGUCCCCUAGGUGGUACUAUUUGCUAAUGUGGCUCUUGAAGAUGCUUUAAAAGUUAUCAAAUGUUUUGUGGUGUUUAGAAAAGGAUUGAAAAACAUUGCUGUUAAA